AUGGUCGUGGAUGCAAAUGGCACUUUCAACAACAGCAACAUGAGAUCUUACGUGAUAGAGAGAGAAAAAGAGCCCGGCGCAACAAACAUGAUUUCGGAGGCGCUCGUUCCACACUUGCUGAAGAUUGUUCAAGAGGCGGCAGAGGCGGUAUCCCACUUCACAGCCUUCACCUCUGCUGAUGGAGAAUGGCACCUGGUGCGGGGAACAAAUUCUGAACUACGACAAGGUGGAGAAAGUAUUUAUUGGAGCGAUCCUCACCAUGCUCACGCUGUUUACUAUCUGCGGGAACUUGCUGGUGGUGAUUUCGGUGUGCUUUGUGAAGAAGUUGCGGCAGCCGUCCAACUAUCUGAUCGUGUCUCUGGCGGUUGCCGACCUUUCAAUCGCGCUUGCAGUUAUGCCAUUUGUCAGUAUAACGGACCUUAUUGGGGGGCAAUGGGUUUUUGGCCAAGUCUUCUGCAAUGUUUUUAUUGCCAUGGACGUGAUGUGUUGCACUGCAUCCAUAAUGACGCUGUGCGUAAUUAGUAUAGACAGGUAAGUGCUAUUCCAACUCCUAGUAACCAGUGAUUGAUGGACUGAAAUAGGUGCCGGUACUCAUUUUGGGUGCCGGUGCUGUUUAUAUUUAGGUGCAGGAGCUCCACAAUACUUUUGAGCUCAAGCAGUAGAACAUUUGAAGUGCCGGUACUCAGCUCCAGCUCCGGUGAAGCACUGCUAUUACCUACAUAGAAGGACAAGUGUAUUGUUUGUGUUGUGUGACAAGGUGAAAUCCGUUUUGUUAUGAUUGUUAAUUAUGCAUUUAAUUGUUUAUUGCAUUUAAUUUGUUAAAUAAAAAUUGUGUUUCGUGCACACAUAGGCUACUUGAUGAAAUGGUGUAUUAUAAUCCCAUACGGGAUGGGCACCAAUUGGUGUACUAAAUUAAACUAAAUUAAAUAUAUAUAUAUAUAUUUUAAAUCGAUCAUACAUAUUUACAUAGUAAAUUGAGUGGGUAACACUUUCGCUUCCAGAACCAUAUUUUCACCCUGCAGCGGUUCCAUCCCCAUAUCAGCCCUAUGCGUCUCCCUCUCUCCCUGCAGCGGUUCCAUCCCCAUAUCAGCCCUAUGCGCCUCCCUCUCUCCCUGCAGCGGUUCCCUCCCCAUAUCAGCCCUAUGCGUCUCCCUCUCUCCCUGCAGCGGUUCCCUCCCCAUAUCAGCCCUAUGCGUCUCCCUCUCUCCCUGCAGCGGUUCCAUCCCCAUAUCAGCCCUAUGCGUCUCCCUCUCUCCCUGCAGCUGUUUCCCUCCCAUAUCAGCCCUAUGCGUCUCCCUCUCUCCCUGCAGCGGUUCCAUUCCCCAUAUCAGCCCUAUGCGUCUCCCUCUCUCCCUGCAGCGGUUUCCCUCCCCAAUAUCAGCCCCUAUGCGUCUCCCCUUCCUCCCUGCAGUCGGUUCCUCUUUCCCUCCCAUAUCAGCCCUAUGGCGUCUCCCUCUCUCCCUGCAGCGGUUCCCUCCCCAUAUCAGCCCCUAUGCGUCUCCCUCUCUCCCUGCAGCGGUUCCAUCCCCAUAUCAGCCCUAUGCGUCUCCCUCUCUCCCUGCAGCGGUUCCCUCCCCAUAUCAGCCCUAUGCGCCUCCCUCUCUCCCUGCUUCUGUUCCUAUCAUGUCGUAAUAAUAUUAAUACAAGCACGUAAGGAGUUCGGAAUUCCAUUCUCAAAAGUAUAGCCUAGCUAUAUAGCCUAGUAUAAGUAUAGGCUACAUUCUAAUAAGAUUGUGAUACAGUAUCUUAUUAUAAUUGCUAUAGUUCAUUUGGGGUGAAUAACUCCCCAGUGUUUGUUUUCUGUUGGAAGGUGUUUUCUGUUCAUGUAAUGUAUUUACAGUAGUAUGUUCUGUAUGUAUAGACAGUUUAUGUUUAGCAGCUAUUUAAUGAUAUGCUUUUUUGUUGUUCGUUCUGAGGUACCUGGGCAUAACCAAGCCUCUGACUUACCCUGUGAGGCAGAAUGGCUGUUGCAUGGCCAAGAUGGUGGUGUCCGUGUGGCUCCUCUCCGCCUCCAUCACCCUGCCCCCCCUCUUCGGCUGGGCCCAGAACGUCAACGACAACAAGGUGUGUCUGAUUAGCCAGGACUUUGGUUACACCAUCUACUCCACCUCAGUGGCGUUCUACAUCCCCGUGUCCGUCAUGCUCAUAAUGUACUACCGCAUCUACCGCGCCGCCAAGCUCAGCGCCGCCAAACACACCAUCACGGGCUUCCCGCGGGUCGGGGAGGAGGAGGAGGCGCGGGGGGGAGAGGAGGAGGCCAUGGAGGAGCAGGAGGAGGAGGAGGAGAGCGUGGACUGUGUGUCGGCCGCCCUGAGGCUCCACAGGGAAGUUGAGGAGUGCACGCGAUUCUCGCGCCUCAUGAGGAGCAACCGGAGGAACAUGUCCAUCUUCAAGCAGGAGCAGAAGGCAGCGGCCACCCUGGGGAUCGUGGUAGGGGCCUUCAGCGUCUGCUGGAUGCCAUUCUUCCUGCUCUCUACGGCCAGACCCUUCAUCUGCAGGGUGGACUGCCCUAGCUGUGUGCCCUUGUGGGUGGAGAGGACCCUGCUGUGGCUGGGCUAUGCCAACUCCCUCCUCAACCCGUUUAUCUACGCAUUCUUCAACAGGGACCUGAGGACCACCUACAGCAACCUGCUGCGUUGCCGCUACCGCAAUAUCAACCGCAAGCUGUCUGCCGCCGGGAUGCACCAGGCCCUCAAACUGGUUGAAAAGACUAACUCUGUUAUCUAA